UGCCAGUCGUUAUUACCACUAGAGUCUAAAAAAUUCCAUACACAAUUUCAGUAGCAAAAUGAAGUUAGUACUAUGUACCUUUAUAGUAGCCCUUUUAAUAUCAUUAGGAACAUCUUAUCCAAAACAUAGAACGCUCAACGAAGAAGCCGCUAUCUACCAUAACCAAAUCUUAAAAAGACAACAAGAAUACAAGACAAUUAAAAGGUGUUUGAUGCUGGGCAGCGAAGACUGUUUAAAUUAUAUACUCCAAAGAGUUAGAGCUGAGAGAAGUCCCUUAACUGCCAGUAGAAGAUGUGUCAAUUUGGGAGAUGAUGGUUGUAAUGCUGCCGGUAUUCCGGGCGCUGCUUCUGACAGAGACAUGUUAGACGGUGGAUUCAAUCCAGGAAAAAGAUGUGCCAAUUUUGGAGACGAAGGAUGCUCUAAUGGUGGUAUACCUGGAGCAUCAAGUGAUAAUGAUUGGCUAACCAGCGGUUUCACCCCGGGGAAAAGGUGUGCAAAUUUAGGAGAUGAGGGAUGCUCAAACGGUGGAAUACCUGGGGCUUCAGCAGAUAGUGAUUGGUUGAAUGGAGGAUCAAGUCCAGGAAAAAGAUGUGCAAACCUUGGCGAUGAAGGAUGUUCAAAUGGUGGAAUUCCUGGUGCAUCAUCUGACAGUGAUUGGUUGAAUGGUGGAACAAAUCCAGGAAAAAGAUGUGCUAAUUUAGGCGACGAGGGCUGCUUGAACGGAGGAAUUCCUGGAGCUUCAGCUGACAGCGAGUGGUUGACUGGGGGAUUCAAUCCUGGAAAAAGAUGCGCAAAUCUGGGAGAUGAAGGAUGCUCUAAUGGAGGAAUUCCUGGUGCUUCAGCUGACAGCGAUUGGUUGAAUGGAGGAUUUAACCCAGGCAAAUAGUGAGAGUAGUCAAACAAAAUAUACAUCAUUACUGCUUUAAUUAAAAAAUAAACAGAUUUGCCAUUA